AUGGAGGUCAUCGUGCGCAACCUCCAUGAACAGGUCACUGAAAAACAGGUCGACAAAUUCUUCCGCGAUGUUCUUGAUAAGCUCGGAGUCAAGACCUACCUCUGUCAAAAAUUGAAGGCCCGAGGAACGGCCACGAUCACAAUCCUUGAUGUUAGCAAAGCUCGACAGUUCCUAAAGAUGCAUGGCCAGACUGAACCAGGUGCGAGAGGAUUCGUCUCCGUACCCGUGAAACUUUUCCAUAUGGGCCGACCCAUCAACUGCAGUGUCAGCAACAAGCCUCCGGAUGAGUUUAUCUUGCGCAGUUUGAAGAAAGAAGAAAGCGAUCGGUAUACCGCAAGCCAGUCCAAGAAGCCAAGGAUCGUCCAAGGGAGAGUGGAUGAAAGCCGCCGACCAGGGACUCAUAAUCGACGUGCUUUCGACAUCAGCUCUCUCAUAUGCGGGCAAUGGGACUACGUGGGUGCCGACCUUGCCUUCGUCGCUAAUUCGCAAGAGCGAAAGAAAGGGCGUAUGAUCUUCGGUCCUCGCAGCUUGUUGAUCAAGCUUUGGCCACAAGAUCUUACGUCGCCACUUCAGCAGGUUGAAAUUCCUUACAGCAGUGUCCAAUCCAUGACCGUGGGCUCCAACACCAACCCAUCUAUCACCCUUUCACUUUCAGAAGCACCAAAAAUCUUCGAGAACUUGGGUACUAACAUCCUCGAAGUCGCACUCCAGAGGGUGGAUAUCCGCAAGGGAAGCCAAGAGUUUACGAGGAAGCGGAUCACAGCACUCAGCAAAGAACACGAGACCGUGGUGUCAAGUUGUCUUUGCUACAGGAUCAUACUCUCCAACACCGCUGACAUUGCUGGUGUACGAGCGUUGAGGCAUCUCCCAGAGGUCCCGGACAGCAUUACAUGGGACACUUCUGCAGUCGCGAAAACCCCGUUCGCUGCUCAAAUGACAACCCUGCAUUCAGCCCUGAGUGACUCAAUAUAUGGCAGUCUGCCGUUUGACUUGAAAUUUCAGAUGCAAAAGCUGGCUCAGAAUGGUUAUCUGAGUCCAGUCAAGGUGGUCGAACUACUAGCAGUGGUGUCCCGCCAUGCUAAAGAGCGAGACGUCAGGGUCGUCACCCAAGCCGUAGGGACUUUGUGUGAGCAGAUACCUUUCGCCGGACCAGCCACUGAGGCCUCGGAGCUUAGUCUGGAGACGUUGGCGCAGAUGUUAGCAGAGAAUGAAGACUCCAUAAUUCGGGGAGAGACUUAUCUGCCUAAUCUUGCAGACCAGUACGACCAUAUCGCAUCCGUUCACAAAGCGAUGGUGACCCCAACGGGCGUAUAUCUCUAUGGUCCAGAGCCAGAGGUGAAGAAUCGGGUCCUCCGCAAGUACUCCAAUUUCCCUAACUAUUUUCUUUCUGUCUCGUUCUUAGACGAGGACGGAGAACCCCUUCGACUCGAUCGCAAAACGUCCGGCGAGGUGAUUUACCAUGAACGAUUCAAGAGAGUACUAAAAGGAGUUAUUAUCAUUGCUGGCCGGGGAUUUGAGACGUGCUGGUACAUGGCACCGUUCACGCUCAAUGGAUGUUUAACAUACGCACCGGCUGUCAUCAAAGACCUCGGUGACUUUGAUUUGAUACGAUCACCUGCGAAGUGCGCAGCUCGAAUUGGACAGGCCUUUUCUCAGACCUUCAGUUCCAUCCACAUUCCUCAAGAAGCAUUCAAAACCAUGAAGGAUGUGGAGCGAAAUGGCCGGACAUUCAGUGAUGGAGUUGGCACAUGUUCUACCGAAGUGCUCGAGAAGAUUUGGCGCGAAUACCCUCAACGGGGACUGAAACCCACGAUCUAUCAAGUCCGAUUUAUGGGUGCAAAGGGUGUCAUCUCUCAUGACCCUGAGCUUCCAGGAUCCGCUCUCUGCCUGAGGCCUUCUAUGAUCAAAUUUGGAGGGACAAAGGCUUCAGACAUCGAAAUAUGUGGCGCCGCCUCCAGACCGUUGCCGAUGUUUUUGAAUCGGCAACUUAUCAAGAUACUCGAAGAUCUUCACGUUCCAGAUGAAGCUUUUCUCAACCUCCAAGCUGAUGCGGUCGAAAAACUUAGAAUGACCACCGUAUCUCCAAUCAACGCAGCGAGCUUCCUGGAUAGAAACUUGAUCGGAAAGCCAGCACGAACGCCCUGGCUGAUUCGCAAGUUGUGGGCAAUUGGGCUCUCGUUCACUGACGAUAAUUUCCUGCGCAACAGCGUUGAGCUAGCAGUUCUGGUCCAGCUGCGAGAGCUCAAGCAUAGGUCUCGCAUUCGAGUUGAGAAGGGCGUGACGCUAUACGGUAUCAUGGAUGAGAGUGGUAUCUUACAAGAAAAGGAGAUAUACUGCUGCUACACACACAACGAAGCAGUACCCAAGCACCUCACUGGCAGUGUCGUUAUUACAAGAUCUCCUGCGCUACACCCAGGCGAUGUACAAUGUGUGACGGCAGUCGACGUUCCAGCGCACAGCCCACUGCGAGCACUCCACAACGUUGUAGUCUUCAGCCAACAUGGCCAACGAGACUUGCCUUCGCAGCUUAGCGGAGGAGAUCUGGACGGCGACCUUUACAACGUUAUCUACGACGAUACUUUAUAUCCCAGACGGAUUUCACAACCAGCUGAUUAUCCCACAGCUACGGCCAUUGAUAUUGGCAGGCCAGUGGAGAGAUCGGACAUGACAGACUUCUUCCUUCAGUUCAUGGAGAACGACAACCUUGGACUGAUCGCUACUCUACAUCAGAUCCUGGCGGACCAGUCGCCUCUAGGAACAUUCGGCUCGGACUGUAUCAAGGUUGCUGGCAUGCAUUCUACGGCGGUAGACUUUUCGAAGACUGGCAUCCCAGUCAAUUUUCUCGAUUUGCCUAGAUAUCCGAAAGCUCGCCCAGAUUUUCAGGCGCCGGGCCCACGAGUCCUUGUGGAAAAGAGCAUCAAUCUGGAGGAGGCCGACUUGUCAACUCCUCCAGAUGAGGACAAUGAAUUCAAUGAGGUAGCGAACUAUGGUCCACCGAAGCUACGUUACUACGAGAGCCAAAAGGUGCUCGGGAAGCUUUACCGCGAAAUCGACGAGCACAAAUUCUUCGAGGCAAUUCAGGAACAAUCCAAGAUGCCUGGCUCCAAUCAUGGUAAGACCCGCAGUCUUGCGGACGCUGUUUGGAACUACGUCCGUGAACAAACGACCUUGAUCGAAUGGCAGCAUUACUUGACCUGGGCUGGGGACGUGAGAGACAACUACGAAGAGAAUCUCGUCGACACAAUGCUCCAGUACUCCAACCAUCCCCAACACUUCGUCUCCGAAAUCGAGGUCUUCUCCGGCAACAUCCUCGGCAAGAACGGCACGCAAAGCAAGCGCCAGCGCGAGUCCUCAAAGACAAUGAAAGAGAAGCAUGACCGCGAUAUGGAGUAUACUGUCCUGUGCAUCACCCGCGGUGACGGAGAUAAUAGCCGAGCAGAAGCCCUUGAGAGGUCGAUCGCCUGUUUGUACGUGGCGUGCAAUACGCCCAGAGUGAGGAAGAAGGUUGGGACGCUGGUGAGCUUCGUGUGGAUCGCGGCCGCGGUCUGCUUGAAAGAGGUGGAGAAACUGCAGGGUGUGCACGUUUUGUUCUAA